AUGUUCAGCGUAGCGUCUAUAGAAGACGAGAUAAUUGCUGGUUUUUUUUUUUUUUUUUUUUGGGGGAGGGUAGACGAGAACGAAGCAAGAUCAGUAGCUCAGGAUGGCAGUGAGAGCAGUAGUACUUCAGACACCACGCCUGCUACAUCUUUCAGUCUCCACGCCACCACCGACCCCUCGAGUCUACGCAGCCCAGUGGCCGUGUGUGUCUUGGCGUUGGGCGUGACGUGCAGCAACGGGAAGCUUGAUGCACAGCACAGCACAGCACAGCACAGCACAGCGGAGAGAUUGGUGGAGUUGACGAUCCAAAGGCCUGACUCCACAGCGGUAAUGAGCCUUGUGUACCUUGCACUGUCUUCACUGACAACGCCCACUACUAACCCCUCUGCCUCCGCCACCGUUUCAAGAUCAGGGAAGGACUCUGCCUUGCAUCGCGCACUGUGAUGGUAUGCAAGAACAAGUGCCAGAAAGCAUGCAUGUAGGCCGUGGUGGAAUAAUGAGAUCAGGGAUGCUAGGAAGGAAAGGAAGAGACUGAAUAGGGUGUGCAGACAGUUAAGAGGAGACAUGAGAGUGAGGAAGCUGAAAGGGAGUACCUGAAUGCAUGGGCAGCGUAUGUGAGUCAGCAGAAUGACGAAGCGAAAGAUAAUGAAUGCUAAAGUUACAAGUGAGAGAAGUGUGAUUCAGGCCCUUAGAGAGAAGGUAUGGAAGGUGGGCGAGAAUGGUAUAGAUUCCUGAGGGUGAGGGAUGCCUAACAGUGAGAAUGUGGAGAGCCUGUGGGUGAACAGGGCAGUGGUGACUGAUAAGGAAGAAAUGAGAAGGGCAAUAAAGAGUUUUGGGAAGAGAUUGGAGGUGUAAGUGAG